CCCAUAUUUUCACAAAAGUUUACUUUAUAUGUGUUUUUUUCUUACGAAGAGAUAAAUUCCAUGGAUAUAAGGAAUACAUUUUCAAACUGAAUGUGCGGAAAUUGCUAUUCGAAAUCACUACAUAAUGCAUCAACAAUGUAAUUAGUAGUCAAAAUGUAAUUACUGUCAACGUAGUUUUCAAAAGCGGAAUAUUAAUAAUGUGGACUAUUUCCCUCAAUGAAGAGAAAACGAAAGUAAUUACGAAGGGACGUUGAAACGUUUUUAUCAUUGAAAUUAUAAAUAUGAUGGCUUUGUCAAUGUAAAGUGUUGAUUCCUACGGAUUUAUCUUACUGACAUUGCGGACGAACGGACGGACGUAUAUCAUGAUUCUGUCCACUGUUGUAAUAUUGCUGGGGUUCCUGGCUGUGUGCGCUCUUUGUGGGACAAACUGCACGAUGAACGACGGCCUCGUGACGUUCUGUGAGAAGGGGUGCUGUGAACAUCAGGAUUACCGCUACUGCUGCCCACUGAACGCCACAACGAUAGCGGAAGUGAUUGUCGGGAGUGCUAUUGGUGUGGGAAUACUAAUCUUCGUCAUCGGAGUGUGCGUCAUCUGCACGCGACGGAAAUCGAACCCUGCAAAUUCUGGGUCUAUAUUCGACGUCAAUGCAGAUUACCAAAGAUUGAUGGAACGAGAUGGAAACGAAUCUAAUUUUCCAAACACGUAUAUGUGA